AUGAAUCGGUAUUUGAUUGUAGGUCAACUGGGCGACGGCUCGUUUGGUGUGGUGAGUAAAGCCCAGCAUGCCAGUAGCGGAGAAAUAGUGGCGGUGAAAAAGAUGAAGCAACGUUUUUCUAGUUGGGAGGAGUGUCUGCAGCUUCGUGAGGUUCAAUCGCUUAGGAAACUGCAGCAUCCGAAUAUUGUAAAGCUCAAGGAGGUAGUGCGAGAAAACACUGAGUUGUUUUUGAUAUUUGAGUACAUGGAGAUGAACCUGUUUAGUAUUCAACGGAUGCGGGCAGAACAGAUGAGUGGUACACAAGGUUUCUUUAAUGAUCGUGAAAUCCGUAGUAUUAUGUGCCAGACCCUAUUAGCUGUGCAGGCAAUUCACAAGGGUGGAUUCAUGCACCGAGACUUAAAGCCGGAGAACUUGCUGACAAAGGGGGAUAUUGUGAAAGUGGCUGAUUUUGGCUUAGCGAAAGAAAUUCGCUCUCGACCGCCCUUUACGGAAUACGUCUCAACCCGUUGGUACAGGGCACCAGAGAUUAUCCUGCGUUCUACACACUAUAACUCACCAAUAGACAUAUGGGCCUGUGGUGUGAUCUUUGCGGAGUUGUAUCUUAAUCGACCUCUUUUUCCAGGGUCUUCGGACAGUGACCAAUUGUUCAAGAUAUGUUCGAUUAUGGGGAGCCCUAGCCCUUCAGAGUGGGACGAGGGAUAUCAGUUAUCGCGUCGUCUAAAUAUGCGUUUUCCCACUGUUGUACCGACACCUCUGCGGCAGCUUCUCCCCAACGCGCCACCGGCUGCCAUUGACUUGAUAGAGCAAAUGCUGCGGUUUAAUCCAAGUGAUCGUCCGACAGCUACGCAGUGCUUAAAGCAUUCAUAUUUCACAGAAACCAACAAUGUGGCGGAAGCGGGGGGAACAACAACGGCCCUGUAUGCGGGCAUUAGCACAGGGCAACCGCAUAACCCAUUUCAGCUAGUCUCUAUGCAAGUUUCUAUGCCCAAUGGAUCAUUUCAGGGGUGUGUGGGUCUUAGAGCUAAUGGAGGAAGUCCGCCUCCUACACUGUGUUCCUCAUCAAGGGUUUUUUCCCCCAACUCCAGCGUACCUGGAAUUAAUCCAUACGCAAAUGUUGUGCGCUCCGUUCCACAAGGAGUUUCAAGGGCAACAGAUAACGACGAUGAGUUUAGCUUUUAA